UUAUGAACAUAUGGUGUCAAAUAACGCGGAGUUUUGCCGCUCGCUGGUUAUGUUCGAGGCAUUUGUCACAUUUGUAAAAUUAAAAUAUGUGCCGUGGACAACGAAUUGUGGAUGGGAAGAUUGAAUGAGAGGGAAUAAUAAUCGUCGAUCGAGGAUUAACUCUCGUUAAUUUUCUCGUGCUCUUUUGACAGAUCGAAUAUUCAUACCUGUAUUCGCAAACUUAAAAGGAUUUUCAAGAAGUCUGGUGAAAAGGCAGAUCAGUGCUCGCACACUUCCUAUCUUUGCCUAAUUUUGCCAGAUAUGACGUUGAGCUAGAAUAAGCAGUACCGUGAAUGUAUUGAAUGGACAAUAAUACUUCUCGAGAUCUACAUCUUUCUCGACAACAACAAUGUUAUUUGAGUUCUUGAGGAGAAUCUUUGGAUGGGCGGAUGAGCGUUCAAAGCUCAAGAGAAAGGCUUCCGAGGAUAACUUUGAAAGGGACUGUUUGACACCGAAGAGAUUCAAAAACAGUUGCAACAUAGCGCGUCCAAUGGAGAAUUACUUCGACAUCGACGACAGCGACGACGAAGACAUUGUAUUCCUGAGCGAGCAGAAAUGUUCGCCGACGAGGCCCUGUGCCAAGUUGAACGGCACCCACAAGAAGCAACAGCUGCAGUCUUAUAAUCAAUGUCACGCGUCUCCGGUCUACAAACCCGUAUGUUCCUCCUUUACGUCGCAUCAGGCUAUGGAUCACAAAUCCACCAUGGGACAUUCGAUGCUCAAUCAUAAGCACAAGGUGCAGAAUCACGAUCACAAGUGUCCCACGUUAUGCAAAACCAAUCAGUUGAAGGAGAGACACCAGUACGAGGAGUUACUGCACAAUUUUCUUCCAAAUAGGAUACACAUACCGAAGCAAAAGUGUGCAGAGCACACAUACAUGCACAAGCAUAUAGAAGUAAUCGAUUUGGAGAAGCGAGAUCCGGAAGCUGUAGCUCCUGCCAAUGAUAAGAUCCGAUCUGUCACCACCAAUUCUGUUCCUGUUAACAUACAUCACUGUAACACGUCGUUCCCUUGCAGAGGUAACGCGUCGUCGAGCUACUCCAGAUUAGACAAAGCUAAAGUUCCUACUUUAGAUCCUAGCAAGAGGGAUAUUACAAAGGAUAAAUAUUUAGAAGCCAUCAGAAUGGUUACGAACGACAAGCCCAGUAUCAUCAGUGCAUCAAAGUCUACAACUACACCCAAGUCACCGGUAAAAGUUGUGGCGACCAACUCGUUACGCGAGGAGCUGGCUGCCAAGGCUGUCAUGAGGCAGGACUUUAUCCCGCAGGUUGCCAAGAGGUACAACGAGCGGAUCGAGCAGCGGCACCGGGAGGCUGAGGAGCUGAAAAAGAUGACGUGUAUCCUGUCAAAGCAGAACAGAUACGCGCGAGAGGCAGCUUUGGAAGAACAGCUGGCUCGUUCCAUGAGACUCUGUCUAACUGUUCUGGACGACAGGGAGGAACCGGAAGAGCCGGCCUUGCCGACGCUGACGGAGGAGAUGAUGCGAAAGGUGCGGAACGCUCUCAUAUCCUGUCCCCCGGACGAAGUUCUCGCGGAAGGCUUCGGUUUGAGGAUCACGCGGAAGGACAUCCACACCCUGGCCGGCUUGAAUUGGCUAAACGACGAGGUGAUCAAUUUUUACAUGAACUUGUUGAUCGCCAGAGGUUCGGGCUCCAACAAAUAUCCCAAAGUACACGCCAUGAACACGUUCUUCUAUCCGAAACUGCUCUCGGGCGGUCAGGCGUCUCUGAGACGGUGGACUAGGAAGGUGGAUAUAUUCGCCCAGGAUCUGAUUGUCGUGCCGGUACACCUGGAUAUUCACUGGUGCAUGUCGAUAAUAGAUUUUCGGGACAAGUCUAUCGUUUAUUACGACAGUAUGGGUGGAAACAAUCCGAAAUGCCUAGUUGCGCUGAAGCAGUAUCUGCAGGACGAGAGUCUGGACAAGAAGAAGCAGACUUACGACAUGAGCGACUGGACCUUCCAGUCUGCUAAGAAUAUCCCCCAACAGAUGAACGGCAGCGAUUGCGGAAUGUUCUCCUGCAUGUUCGCUGAGUUCGUCUGUGCAAACAAGAAGAUCACUUUUACCCAGGACGACAUGCCGUAUUUUAGGAACAAAAUGGUUUACGAGAUACUGAAAGGAAAACUUUUCUAAAGGAACGACGGAGAGGCCCAGGUCAAGAAACACUUAGACGAUCUGAUGUUAUCAUAGAGAAAAAAUGUUUGAAAUAAAUAAUCAAUAAUAAUGUUAUAUUAAAUUAAUUAUUAAAGAGAGAGAGAGAGGGGCUGGGGAGAGGGAGGGAAAGUAAAAGUCAGCUGUUGUCAAGGAUUAAAGAAAAAACAUACAAAAUUCGUUAAGUUAAUUUCUUCAAAGAAUAUUCUUCUUUUGAAAAGUAAAGUAAGAGAAGGAAAGAGAGAUGUCUUUACAUUUUAUAAUUAUCAUUUCUAUUAGUUUUCAAAUCAAUGCUGUAACAAAUUAAUAUACACAUAGAUAUACAUGUAUUAUACAUAAAUAUACAUAUAUAGAUGUGAGUUUUUCCACUGUACAGACAGGAGUCAUGGCAAUCCAUAAGUCUCAUUGUUUUUGGCAAAUAUAUUGUUAUGGGCAAAAAAAAGAAAAAAAUUGUAACAUUGUGUUUCAUGAAUUUUAAAUUUAUGUCUUGAAAGCCAUCUUAUUCUACAAUUGAUCAGACCAAAAUUUUGCAAUCUCCUGUCCACAACAAUAUAAUUACGCCACUUUCGGUUUGACUUAUGUAUAUUUUUAGCUGUUUCCGAAUUAAUUUAUACGUAAAGCUAAAGUUGUAUAGAAUAAAAAAUCAUAUUAUAUUAA